ACGUAGGAGUGGCUCAAAAGAAGGCGGGGUUUAUGAAAAAAAUCUCUCUCAAUACCUCAUACUUCCGAGAAUAUUGCAAUCUAAAACUUUAAACUUUAAACAAAGAUUCGUAAAGAAAGCUGCAGUAGUAUGGAUUCAAGCGAUGAACUAAAUUUCUUUUCCCCAGAAACGAUUGAGAAUUUGACCGAAGGCUUUCUCAAUAUACUCCAACCAGAAGUGAUCACUGUUAAUAAGAGUUUAAGCGACCUUACAGCCCACCAAGAGAUAAUGCUUGCGUCAAUCAAUAGCAAACGGACACAGUUUGAAGAUACUGCUCAAACACAAGAUAUACAAGCACUGCUGAUUCAAAUUCCUAAUUACAAGCAGAAGAUACUCAACAUUCAAAAGACCAUUACAUCAAUUGACAGACGAAUGAAGAAGCUACAGGUACGAGCUAACAAGCUUAAAGAGUUGAGGGUCUUACGGGAGACAAAUUCAAAAAAAGAGCUAGAGAAACGAAUAAGAGAAGAACAAAUAUUGGAAGCUAAACCAUCGAAAUGAUCAACAAUAAUAAUAAUUAUUAUUAAUUAUGUCUUUUUACAAUAAUAGCAAUAUUGUGUGGAGAUAUUUUUUCAUCAAAUAUAUUAAAUAAUUGACAAUUUAGUCCUCUUUCCUUUAAA